AUGUCCACAAAGCCGCCCUCUCGGGUGGUCUUUGUCGGCAACAUCCCCUAUGGCCUCUCCGAAGAACAGAUCAGCGAUAUCUUCACCACCGCUGGCAAGGUUCUGAACUUCCGACUCGUCUACGAUCGCGAAACUGGACGCCCGAAAGGCUUUGGCUUUGCCGAGUACCCUGACGCAGAUUCCGCCGCUUCAGCCGUCCGUAAUCUGAACGACUAUGAAAUUAUGGGUCGCAAGCUUCGAGUCGACUAUAGUACAGAGGGCCGCGUUGAUGGUGACGACAGUAAUAAUUCGUCAUCCGGUUACGGGCAGGCUACCAACGGCGCAUCACAAUUCGUCCCUCAACCGACGACAGCGGGCUCCCUACCUCCCCUGCCGCCGGGCAAAGAGCUGCCUCCCGGAGUCAGCGCUACCGAUGCCAUCUCUCGCACUCUCAACACCCUUCCUCCCGCCCAGCUUCUCGACAUCCUCUCCCAGAUGAAACAACUUGCGACAACAGACCCGACACGGGCAACGGAGCUUCUUACACAGGCGCCGCAACUCUCGUUUGCCAUCUUCCAGGCUCUGCUGCUGAUGGGCCUCGUCUCGUCCGACGCUAUACACUCAGUUAUCGAGACUGGCGGCGCUGCGCCCCCUGUCAUUGCGCAACCCGUUCCCGGCUAUCCUCCCUCUGCGAUGCCCGCCUUUGCAGCUCCUGCGAACCCUACACCCCCUGUGCCCACGCCGUAUGCGCCGCCCGCGGUAUCGGCACCACAGGCCAGCUAUGCGCCGCCUGCGGCCAAUCCACCCGCUGCGCAACAAGACCCGGACUCGCUCAUGCAGGCAGUCAUGAACCUGCCGCAGGAGACGAUCGAUCAGUUACCCGAGGCAGAACGCCAGCAGAUCAUGGCCCUACGUGCGACCUUUUCUGGUCAACGACGUUGA